UUUAAAACUUUUAAUGAUGGCGAGCGGCUGAUAGACAAGACAAAGGUUACAUGCGUGCGAUGGGUGCCUGGCUCCGUGAACCAAUUCUUGUGCUCACACCACAGCGGCAACAUGUACCUCUACAAUGAUGAGCUCAUCUGCACCCAAGACCGACCUCACUAUCAGCUCUUCAAAGAGGGUGAAGGCUUCUCCAUCUACACCUGCAAAACCAAGACCACACGCAACCCUCUCUACAGAUGGAGUCUUGGUGACAUGGCUAUCAAUGAAUUUGCCUUCUCUCCAUGUUCCAAAUUCCUGGCUGUUGUGUCUCAGGACGGCUUCCUUAGGAUAUUUAAUUUUGACACCAUGGACUUGAUAGGCAGCUGCCGCAGCUACUAUGGAGGCCUUAUAUGCGUGUGUUGGUCGCCGGAUGGUCGUUAUGUUGUGUGUGGAGGAGAGGACGAUUUACUCACCAUCUGGUCAUUCAGUGAGAGAAGAGUCGUCGCCAGAGGUGCUGGUCAUAAGAGCUGGGUCACAGUAGUAGCUUUUGAUCCAUACACGACCCUCUAUGGUGAGAUGGACGGUGUAGUAAUGCAUAAUGAAGAGUCCUAUAAUCGUAAUAAUUAUAAUAGUACAGAAAGAAGUGGUAAAGUUAGGAACAAACCUCCAAUAAUAAAUUCGCGCCCAAAUUCAGUUGUUUCUGACGGUCUUAAUGCAACUUGCUAUCGCCUAGGGUCUGUGGGUCAGGAUACUUUAUUGUGCCUCUGGGAUCUCAAAGACGAUUACUUAAGGCAGUCCUACUACAGACCUCGCUCUAGCACCGUAGUCAGUAACGUCGGCUCUGAUGGCUGUCCCUCCAACAAUACCAUCGCUCAUUCAUCAUCUUUAUCAGCAAAUUCCACACAAAAUUGUAACAAGAGUAGCAAUCAUGUCAAAGAUGCUAACAACUCCACUGGUCCUCCAUCUGCUCUCUCAUCAAAUUCCCUCACCGCUAAACUAGCGAGUCUUAAUUUCGUGGACCGACGAGGUGGAGACAAAACCUCAGACAAAGACCACAAAAGGAGCAUGAGUUUAGCAGGCCGGAACUCCUCGAGCAACCUACACAAGAAGGACAGCAGGAGCAACAACUGCAGCAGCGCUGCUGAAGGUGACGUGUCAUCGCCGUCGUUUGGCAGCAAGAGCAGCGUAGGCACGUCGCAGUGUCCUCGUAUGGACGAGUGUCCGCUGCUCGAGCCUCUCGUCUCCAAGAAGAUCGGGCACGAGCGCCUAACAGGGCUCGUCUUCCGCGAGGACUGCAUCGUCACAGCCUGCCAGGACGGCUGCAUCCACACCUGGUGUAGGCCAGGCAAGCAGGCUGGCGCUGCUCUUCACUCUAGUCCCAGCCCGUCGUCAGCGGGAAUAUCGCAGCCGCUAGCCGCUGGAGGGACUGUGGUGUAGCGCCACCUCAUCGCCUUUAUCUUCUCCUCGCUGCAACUGAACGAUUUACGGCUCAGCUGUUGCUCUGUUAACCUGGCCACGAGCGUUGAAAACUCAUGCGCCCCUGUUUCGUGGAGAAGUUGGUGCACAAGUCUCAGUGCAUUAGUCAAACAUCUUUGAUACCAUCCCCACCACGCCUGAAGAACUCUUCGAUGAGUUGAGAUCUAAGAAGCGUUCCUUCCCUCCCGCGAGUCGCCGUCACUCACGUCUGUGUUGUUGAAGGAGCGAUCGUAGAGUUAGAUGAGCUAUGUGAUUAUUUUUGCAUGAUUUAUCCUUAUAUGCUAGACGAGCUGGUCGUGUCUCGCCUUCUGUAUGCUCCAAAUGAAGCUCAUGCCACUAGAGGCCAUGCAAACAGUUAUCUAAUUUAUAUCUUAACUUAUAUAUCCAAACAAGUCAAACCAAAAUCUAUGUAACUACAUUCUAUGUAUAAAGUAUAUAUAAAUGUUAAUGAAUAAAUUUAGUAAAGUGCAUAUGUAUAGUCCUCCUGACUACCUACGCGUGAGGGUAGGAACAUACCAAACUGCUUUAUUAUUGAGUGAUUACGCGCAUAUUUUGUACAUUGUUAGUGAUCGGUCCUGCUGCAAUAGGUUGAAUUUGGAGUAACUUGUGCUGUAGUCCUGUUUAUUGGCACAGAUUUGUGAAGAUACCUACUGUGGGCAACGGUGCUUUUAUUGUCGGUGAAUGAAUUCUGGUUGCUUCUACUAUGUUGCUAUUUUCUGGUGUUGCGGAUGAUCAAUUUCUUCAGUUGUUUAUGCGUGUCCAAGACUUCGUGAAGAUGUAAUAAGUAAUCCUAUCUAAUGCCUUCCUCUUUGGCGAGUCAGCCACGCUCACCCAGGCCAGGUUGGACCCGGAGUUCCAUUACAGUCAAAUGUGGAAGUCCGUGUGCAUCGCGAUCAUCAAGGUUUGCGCGAAGAGUUUAUUUCGGCCACGGUGCCACCAAUAAGUGAGUGGUUAAAGGCGGUGACGUCCGUCCGCUCCUGUGACGUAACUUUCCUUGAAUAAAUUAUCUCUGUUCUUGGCGCGAUGAUUUUCUGUUUGAUGGGGUUUCUACAAAGGCAAUUUAACUCCGCAGAUUAGAAAUUAUUAAUUUAUUUAGUUGUGUGGACAAUCUCGCUGCGUUUCAGUCUCGCCUUGUGCUCGCUAUACCUACGACUUUCUAACUGCGUUAUGUUGACUCUUUCAGCAGAUGAAGCUUAAACUGGGCCGUAAAUUAAAGAUGAACUGAGGACAUCUGCCCUCCAUUCCACACGCCGCUUUCUGGCCCCAUGAGUCUUGAGCGUCAGUUUCUUUAAUGCUUACAAGCCUCCACAGAUUUUAAUUGCCCGCACUGCAGCGGUGUACGCGAGCGUCGUGCGCUGUCCACCGCCAGGCAUAAUGCGACGAGCCUGCGAUCUCCAGGUGCCACAUUGUCCCAUUCAAAAUAUCUUAUUUUACAUAUUUUCAAUAAAGAAUCGGGCAUUUUUAUUAGAAUUUUCAAAUCAUUUCACUUAGAAACUAAACACAUUUGUCAUGUUCCUAUGUUAACUAUGAACUUGUUUUCUGAUUUAGACAUGGCACUCGAAGCUUUAAGACCGAAUUCCGCUGUAUCUCUUGCUUCCAUCACUGCAGUCAUUGUGCGUACGGUUGCUGUACAAGUGCGGUGUUCUGUACAUGGUUGCAUUCAUUUUAUCUCUUUCUAACAUUCCUUCCAUUCCUCCUUCUUUGAAGAUGUUGCUGGUCUUUAGAAUUGAUUCCGAUGUUUUUAUUAUUUUAAUUGUAACGGUUGAGUUCCUGUUUAUGGUUUAUUUUACUAAUGUCAAUUUUUUCUUUUGUUCUUUUCCUCCUCAAGUCGUUACGUAAUAUGUUUUAGUACUUUCCAAAUGAACCUCUACUAACUUGAGUAAAGGGCCAUGAACCUUUUCGUAAACUUGAUUAUUUGCUUUUCGGAAUAUUCGUGUCAGAUUUGAUUAUCCCUGCAGCGAGGGUCUGACGCAUUUAUCCCGAGAGCCGAGAGAAGGCCAGGCUUUGAAGUGAUGUAAUGGCGUGGAAGUAAAUGUGCAGAGUCUGUGCAGUAACGUGUUGCAUGAAUUGUCUUCACCUGCUUCCAUACAACUGCUUCAGAUUUUUUGCAGGCUGAAAUUUAUCCUGGACACAUGUUGCUGGUGGAGCGGUUAAGUAAUGCAUCAAGUUUUAAAAAAUCCUUCCGGAAAAUGAUGUAGUUGACCGUCAAGCUACUUGCCGCGCGCUGUACGAGCGGCUGUGCUUUCUCUGUUUCUAUUUGUUUUAUUAAAUGUCUCAUGGGCGCUUGCGAUAGCUACACAGGAAGAAAAGUUGGCACUAGGCUUUUGCACCAAUGAAAAGCAUUAUAAAAUGUUUUUGCGUGGGCAUGUAUAUUUGAUGCGUUUAACGCCUUACAAGUUUCACUGAAUUAGAGGAAGUAAAUUUAUGCAACGUUCCAAGAAUGUUACGUGUUCGUUUACGUUUUUGUACAGCUCUGUCUACCGCAUGUAGCGUGCUUUGUUCAUCCCUUGUUUUACCCAAGUUAACUUAGAUUUGGCCGUUAGCAGUUUGUCGCCAGCAUUUGGUUUUGUUCAACUGGAGCUUUGUUGAUUACUGUGUCGUGUUGUCACUGUUGGGCGAGUGGCCCGUGCCAUAUCAGCGAGACGUCAGCAUAACUGUCAGCAGGUCUGCGCGCUGUGUGUUGUUUUGUACUUGUCUUGUGUUGCUGUUCCUGGUUGGCUGGUGACAUCUCCCAUGUGCUAGAGUGUAAUUCUUCCUUCCUUAAUUUGCCCCCUAUUUCUGAUUGUUAUUGGCGCCCUUGCAAUACCCUCUCGCUGUUAUCAACUUGUUUUCGUUAGAUCGUGUAGUUUUCGUUCUGACUGUCAUAAGAAUUUCCCAUCUUUAAUACUCUUCUUCUGGCCAUCCGUCGCAGUUGCUCUUAAGAAAUUUGUUUGCCAAAACGAUACGUGGUGAGACUGCGUUUUUAGAGAGAAUAUGUUUUGAGACCGCUCCCUUGGAGGGAAUUUCUUCUUUGAGACCGCGCCCUUGGAGGGAAUUUUGUUCUUUGAGACCGCUCCCUUGGAGGGAAUUUCUUCUUCGAGACCGCGCCCUUGGAGCGAAUUUCUUUUUUGAGACCGCGCCCUUGGAGCGAAUUUCUUCUUUGAGACCGCGCCCUUGGACGAAAUGAUGUGUUAUGAGUCCGCGCCCACGGGUUCUUUGUUACUCCCAGCGCGUCUCACGCAGUGAGUGUGGCCUGGUACGUUGACCUCAUGUCAUCUUGCCAGGCCUGGUACGUAAACUCGUAUCACACGGCCGCAGGUCUUGACCUCGUGUUCAGUUAACCUCGUGUCUGUGGGAACCACGCUUUGUGGAUCGCAAUUAACAUUUUGCGUGCAACUAUUACUCCGUGUCUUACUUUUUGGUAGUAGGCGCCGGUCGUCGGUGCAAGAUGAUCGUUUGAUCUAGUAGAGGGAUAUCAUGCUUAUCGUAAAAAAUUAUUUAUUUUAUUUUAUCGUUUAUUUCUUUUAUAUCAU